AUGCAUUUCCCAAUCUUCACCACCACUCUGACCCCCCUUCUCCUCCUCUCCGCCACCACAACAGCCCUCAACUUCAACCUCCGCCAAACCUUCAUCCCCCUCCCGGCCUGCCUGAACGUCCGCACCGUUCUCGAAGCAACCGACACAUCCGCCGUCGUAACGUCCCUCUUCACCGAAAUCUGCUCUGCCUCCAACUCGCAGCCCCUCCCCGUGGACCUCAUCAGCUACAACGCCCAAAUCCGGCCCUUCCUCGAGAGCGUCGUAACCACCGAAACAGCCAACAUGGGCGCUCCGCAACUCGCCCCCAGCUACCUCGUCCUCAUCGACGCGCUCUUUGAUCUUGCGCGCACCCGGUGUGGCCUCGAUGCAUUUGAAAGCGAUGUUUGUGCGGCAGACCAGGCGGCGCUCGCGCCUGUCGGGGAUUGUAUCCGUCGGAAUGGGUGGCAGGUGGCGAUUAGGAAUGCGUUGAGGAUUUUGCCGCUUUUCUCCCUGGAUGCUUGCAACAGGCAGGUGGAGUUCUUUGGGAGGGAUGAGGUUGUUGAUGUGCUUGUUCCGCAGUAUGCAAGGCAGUUCGCGGCGGAGCGUCAGGCGGCUAGAUAG